GAUGUUUCUAUCAUCUAUGUUUUUAUUUUUGAUGGAGAGGGCCGUAAGCCAUGACUACGAACGGUCGUUCAAACGAGACGAAAGGUAAGUAUAUAUCGCACUCUCGACCUGCCAUUCCUUCUCUCUUUGCCGUGUCCUUCUCAUCCAUCUCUGCAAAAGCCAAACCCAUGGCCACAGACCACGAUUCUCCUCGCAUCACGCCUAUCGCAGAGCCACCGCCAUGGCCACCUCGACCCUGCUCUCCCUCCCCGCCUCCGACGUCCCGACGACCGCGGCCACCGCCUCGGUCGUGGUCUCCAUCACCGUCUUCGUCGCCCUCCUCUGCGCCUGUCUCGUCAUCGGUCACCUCCUCGAGGGCAGUCGCUGGGCCAACGAGUCCAUCGCCUCCCUCCUCCUGGGUUUGUGUGCUGGUCUUGUGAUGCUGUUGGUUACCAAAUGGAAGAGGUCCCGCAUCCUCACGUUUGAUGAGGAACUGUUCUUCAUAUAUCUGUUGCCUCCCAUCAUCUUCAACGCCGGUUUUCAGGUCAAGAAAAAACAAUUUUUUCGAAAUUUCUCAACAAUUCUACUGUUUGGUGUACUAGGAACACUAAUAUCCUUUUGCAUCAUCUCCACAGGUUCAUACUUUCUAUUUAAGCAAAUAGGCAUUACAUCCUUGAAGAUACAACAGUACCUAGCUACUGGGGCUAUAUUCUCAGCCACUGACUCAGUGUGCACAUUACAGGUUCUCAACCAAGAUGAAACACCCCUACUUUACAGUCUUGUGUUUGGAGAGGGAGUUGCUAAUGAUGCUACUUCAAUUGUACUUUUCAAUGCAGUCCAAUCACUGAAUCUCAGCCAUGUUAAAGCCAUGACUGCAAUAAAGCUAUUUGGAACCUUUCUUUAUCUCUUCUUUACAAGCACUGCGCUUGGAGUAAUGAUUGGACUCCUGAGUGCAUAUAUCAUAAAGAAAUUGUACUUUGGAAGGCAUUCUACAAACAGGGAAGUUGCAAUUAUGCUGCUAUUGGCGUAUCUUUCUUAUAUGAUUGCCGAGCUCCUUUCUCUCAGUGGAAUAUUGACCAUCUUCUUCUGUGGAAUCAUCAUGUCACACUACACAUGGCAUAAUGUUACUGAACGGUCAAGAAUAACAACUAGGCAUGCAUUUGCAGCAAUGUCAUUCAUUUCAGAAACUUUCAUAUUUCUCUAUGUUGGUAUGGAUGCUUUGGACAUUGACAAGUGGAAAAGAAGUGAUGCUAGUGUAGGAACAACAGUUGCUGCUAGUGGAACGUUGUUUGCUUUGGUUAUGGUUGGAAGAGCUAUAUUUGUCUUCUCAUUAGCAAAUUUUGCAAAUUUUUUUAGACAUGCAUCUGAUGCUAAGAUUGACCUUCGGCAGCAGUUUGUAAUAUGGUGGGCUGGCUUAAUGAGAGGUUCUGUCACCAUUGCUUUAUCAUACAACCAGUUUUCGACAAGUUCAUCCAAAGAGGGAGCAUUCAUGAUAACUAAUUCAAUCGUUGUAGUGCUCUUCAGUACUGUGGUUUUUGGAUCAGUGACAAAGCCUUUAAUCAAAGCUGCGCUGUGCCAUAACUGGACUUCAACAAACGGCGAAGACGCUCACUUGUCGAGCCUGGAAGAUAUUAACAUCCUAUUUCCUGAUAAUUGCAGAACCAGCGGCAAUGACACCAGCCAUGCAAAUCCCAGGAGCAGCCUUGGCAUGCUGAUAAUGCAUCCCACCUCGACCAUUCACUACUUAUGGAGAAGGUUUGAUGACAGGCAUAUGAGACCUGUUUUUGGUGGGCGCGGUUUCGUCCCACUUCUUUCAUCUUCCACACUCACUUCCCCAGAGGGGGCUGAUGGUGUUUAAGUCAUCGUUCUUCUUCUUCACAAUUAUUUGAUAAUAUUCUCGGAAUAUAUAAAAAAAACAAAUAGCUAUUUACUUAUAUAAA